UAAUCAAAAUUACGUUUCCACUUAUCAAUAGCCACUGCGUUUUUUGUUGAGAGAUUAAAUAUUUUAUUAAUUCUUAUUAUCGCUCUAGUAAAUGCAUUUGCACGUCGUUUUAUUGACGCGCGAAGGAACGAGAUUUUCGCUUAAUUUUCUAUAAAUGGAAUCAUCGGACGCAUUUCGUAAGAGGGGACGAAUACACCGUCGGCCUAAUUUUAGAAUCCGUCGCGUUCGCGUCUCCGUUUUCCGCGACGAGGAGGCAGAUCCCGUGGAUGUUUUGCAUUAAACGCACAAUCGAUCGGUCCCGAUAACGAUUAGCGGGAAUGUCUCUGACGAAAAAGGGAAAUAUCUCGCUCGACGAAUUUUGUCGCGCCGUGCACGGCGCCGUUUGGCAGGAGCCGUUCGCGACUCGAUUCGCGAGGCUAUCCGCGUCGGGCGACAGACGAGGAAUGGUCGGGAUGCUCGCGGAAAUGCCCCACGUGGCGGACUUGAGACCGGGCGACUCGUACGAGGGUAAGGACGAGGCGCAGGCCGCGCGGCUGUACGAGAAGUCGCUCGGGGCGACGAUGGAGCCCGGGGUCGAGCACGUGAAGGAGAUUAGAACCUGUAAUAUUCUCACGCAAGCACUGUUUGCGGCCGGUGCGAACGGCAGAGUGUUCCUAGACGCGAUCUACGAGCGCGCUAGGCGCUCCUACAGCCUGCGCGCUUACGCGAGCUGCCUGCGAGACUGCGAGUGCAUGCUGGCGCUUCCCGCGAGUUUCUAUGACGACUCCGCGGAGAACGUUAGAUACUUCGUGCAGCGUAGGAAGGAGUGCCUUCAACUGGAGCGGGAAUGCUCCCGAAAGUUGGAAGCCACGUCCUCCAGGAAACGCGGCGCCCGUGGAAGAACGUUCUCCUCCUCAUCAUCCGCAUCCUCCUCCUUGUCCCGCCGUUCUUCUUCCAGCGGCGCGUUGCCCAACGUCGACGGCAAGCCGCACGGCUACCUCGCGAGCUGCCCGGAUAGCGUUGAGCUGCGGUCCGACGAGGCCAGGGGCCGGCACCUCGUGGCUACAAGAGACAUCAGACCGGGGACUGUACUCAUUGUCGAUCGGCCGUUUUCCUUUAGCACGGAUGCAUCGGCUCUCGGCAGGAAUUGUUUGCAUUGCCAUGCCACACUUAAAUUAGAAGACAGCGUUAAAAUCCCGUGCCGUGAUUGCCAAACAGUGGCCUUCUGCACGGAGGCGUGUCGCAGGGAAGCGUGGGAGGCGUAUCACCGAUACGAGUGUUCGAUAUUCAAUUACUUCCUCAAAAAUUCGUCGAGCAACGAACGCCAGCAAACGUCUUAUCUGUUGCUGGCUUAUCGCACGACGGUCGUGCAAGCGCUAUCGCUGCGAAACGGCGCGGGGACGACGUGCGCUUUAAAUCCUGAUUUCCUACGAUAUCACGUCAAUGCGAGAGAUAAAGAUGACGACAUUGGCAAGGAAUGCGCGGACUUGGGAACGAGGGGAACGUAUAGUCCUCUCGAUUACCGAACGGUGUUUCAACUGGAGACCCAUUGCGCCGACGUGGAACCUCACGUAAAUCUCAUACGCGCCGUCGAGGCGAUUUUCCUUGCGAAAUGCUUGAUCUCGGUUCUGAGCAAGCUGGACGUCGUCUGCACGGCGGAAACUUUCGUUUCCCUGGCCGCGGCUAUGCUGCACCAUUUGCAGGCGAUUAAUUGCAACGCGUACGAGAUUGUCGAGAAUGUCCACGACGAGGCAACGCGCAUCUGGGAGCCCAGGAACGUCGGUGCCGCGAUUUACCCCACGGUCAGUCUCGUGAAUCACGGCUGUUACCCCAACGUGGUUCGCCACUCUUAUCCGAACGGAAUAGUCGUGGUCAGAGCGACGCGCUUCAUCGGCAAGGGAUGCGAGUUACUCGACUGCUACGGGCCUCACUUUCUCAGCGAGGGCAAACUGAACAGGCGUGAGUUCUUGUGGAAGAAAUAUCGAUUUCUGUGCGGAUGCGACGCCUGCAAGCAGAACUGGAAAUUGCCGUUACCCGAAACGACGUGCUACAAGUGCACGGCGUGCUCGGAACCGACGGAUGUCCCGAUAACGAACGCGGGAGCGUUGACGAAUCGGCGGUGCGCCAAAUGCGAGAAGACCGUCGAUUUGAAGAGAAUCGAGAAGCAACUUCGUAAAUCGAUUCAAAAGAGGCUGAGCGCCAUCGCGAAAAUGUAUUACGGGAAUUACAGAGACGCGUUGCCUCUGCUGUUCGAGCACGCGGGCUUUGUCAACAAAUACUUGGCCGAACCGAAUGUCGAGGGUAUCAAAACAGAACAGUGUAUCGUCCAGUGUUACAAUUUUCUUGGCUCUAUUUCCGUGUAAUGUACUCCCCUCAGUCGAUUUAUAAUAAUUAUUUAUAGCACUGAAA